CGAGACCGGAAGUAGUAAACAGGAAGUUAAAAAGGCAAACAUGGCGGCACUCUUUAAAUUAGCACUCUCGGACAGUUUUAAGUGUGUGUUAUUUUAAAUGUUUAAUUUAAGCUAGUGACAUAAGUUUCUUAUAAAUGUUGGUUGGACGAUGUAAGAUUUCGUAACAUUAAUGAUAAAUGUGGGGACUCUAGCGUGACGGUUGGCAAGUUAGGUUGCUAAAACGUUUUUGGCAACUUUUGUUUACUGAUUGCAUCGUAUUAUUGCUGAGCUUUAUUAAAAAUGUCUAGUUUUAGUUCGGAGCUCAUUGACUACUUAGAGGGAAAGAUUUCGUUUGAGGAGUUUGAAAUACUAAGAGAAGAGAGAAAGGCCAAAGAUAAGGAUUUAGUAAGCUCUCAGGAAGCCGGUGAUGGGGAAUCGGAGGAGGACGAAGCCUCCCAUUUCGACUGUGCUGGCCCCAGUACUUCGCGUAGCCCCUGCAGACGCCGAAAAAAGAAGAAAACAGUGUUAGAGGAAUCGGAUGAUGGAGUGAGCCUCCCUGUUCAGAAGGCGUUUGCCUCCAUGCUGGGAGAAGUGGCUGAAGAGGGGGAAGCGGAUGGCAAGGAAGUGGAGCAAAAUGAGUCACUAUCUGCCGGGGAUGUGUUUGCCCUGGAAAUGGAACUGAACCGUGAGAACAAGAAGAUGAUGAGGGAACGGCGACAGCGGAGCAAACUGCCGCGAGCCCUGCGCGGACUGAUGGGAGAAGCCAAUAUUCGCUAUGCCAGGGGGGAAAAGGAAGAUGCUAUUACGAUGUGCAUGGAGAUUAUUAGACAGGCUCCUCUGGCUUAUGAGCCUUUCUCGACCCUGGCUAUGAUCUAUGAGGACCAGGGGGAUAUGGAGAAGGCUCUGCAGUUUGGCCUGAUUGCUGCCCACUUAAACCCCAGUGAUUAUGAGGAGUGGGUGAAGCUGGCAGACAUGUCCUUGGAGCAGGACAAUAUAAAACAGGCCAUCAUCUGCUACUCCAAAGCCAUCAAGUAUAACCCCAGUAAUGUGCGUUAUCUGUGGGAGCGCUCCAGUCUUUACGAGCAAGUGGGAGAUCACAAGCAAGCUAUGGAUGGUUAUCGCCGCAUACUCAACCUGCUGCCCCCAACCGACGGAGAAAACUUCAUGCAGCUCUCCCGGGACAUGGCCAAGAGCUACUAUGAGACCAACGACCUACAGUCAUCAAUGGGUGUUAUGGAGGAAGCCCUGAAUCGGUAUCCGCACCUGGCCACCAAUGAAUGUGUUAAUAUGGCUGCAGAACUAUAUAUUACCAAUAGGCAACAUGAGAAGGCUUUGCAGGUAAUGCAGCAGUUCUGUGGGAUUGUGCUGGAGAGAGAUUCCAAAGAGGAGAAAGGCAAGGGCCAACAGAGUGACGGCAAACAGGCAGACAAGGAAGAGGGGGAGAUUUUGGGGGUGCUGAUUCCAGAGGACGUCCCAAUCGACAUCAGAGUGAAGCUCAUGAUUUGUCUCAUCCAGCAGCACGUAUUCGAGCCUCUACAUCCAAUGUUGACUGCGCUGAUGGAGCAAAGCCCAGAGGAGCUUGGGGAUCUGUACCUGGAUGUGGCUGAUGCCUUCCAGGACGAGGGCGAAUACAGCUCUGCACUGCCCCUGCUCUCUGCGCUCGUCUGCUCCGAGAGAUACAACCUUCCCGCGGUGUGGUUGAGACAUGCUGAAUGCCUGAAGGCUCUGGGGCACAUGGAAGUGGCCGUGAAUAGCUACAUCAAGGUGGUGGAGAUGGCUCCUCUGCACCUGGAGGCCCGUCUGUCCCUGUCCACCCUGCAGCAGCAGUUGGGAAACCCCGAUGGAGCUCUGCAGGCUCUGCAGCCCAUGUACGACCCAGAGACUCUAGCCCAGGACUCUGCCGCUGCCCAGCAGGAACUUAAACUCUUACUUCACCGCUCCAUUCUGCUGCGUUCCCAAAGCCGGAUGGAUGACUACCUGGACACUGUGCUGACCAUGCUGGCCAUGCUACUUAAGGUGGCCAUGAAUCGUGCCCAGGUCUGUCUGAUCUCUAGGUGUAAUUCUGGGGAGAGACACCUUUACCUUGUUAAAGUGUCUCGAGAAAAAAUCUCUGACAUUGAAGACCAGGAGGCUGCUUACCUUGAUGUGAUAGGGAAGACCAGCGUUCUGUCCCGGGACGACUGGUGGCAGCUUCUGCUGCGCUGUGUCUGUGUUAUGUGUGAGCAGAACCGCUUCGGGGAGGCGGAGCUUCUGGUGGACUCCUCCCUGGAGUACUACUCCUUUUAUGACGACCGCGUUAAGCGGAAGGAGCUGGAGUACUUCGGUCUGUCUGCCGCCAUCCUGGACCACAAUUUCAGGAAGGCGUACAACUACAUCAGACUGAUGCUGAUGGAUAACGUAGAACGGCCCCAGCUGUGGAACAUCUUCAACCAGGUGACCAUGCACUCCCAGGAUGUACGACAUCACCGCUUCUGCUUGCGGCUCAUGUUAAAGAACCCGGAGAACCACGCGCUGUGCGUACUGAAUGGCCACAACGCUUUCGUCUCAGGGAGCUUCAAGCACGCCCUUGGACAGUAUGUACAGACGUUUCGGGCUCAGCCUACUGAACCUCUUUACAGUCUUUGCGUGGGACUCACCUUCUUUCACAUGGCUUCACAGAAGUUUGUGGUUAAGCGGCACCCACUUCUGCUACAGGGCUUCUCCUUCCUGUGGCGCUAUGCUGAGCUGCGUGGUCACUGCCAGGAGAGCUUCUACAACCUGGGCCGGGCCCUGCAGCAGCUGGGUUUAUCUCACCUGGCUAUACUUUACUACCAAAAGGCCUUGAGUUGCACGCCACCCUCGUUGGAGGGCAUCGACGGUGAGCAAGUGGACUUGGCUCGGGAAAUUGCUUAUAACCUGUCUCUCAUCUACCAGGCUAGUGGCAACAAAGGAAUGGUGCAGCACCUCCUCCACACUUACUGCUCCGUAUGAAUCACCUCCUCUCUCCUGCUGUAUCUCACUGUUAUUACUAAAAAACUUGUCCUUUCAUUGUUUGUGACAGAGUCCCUUCUAAUAAAAAUUCAAGCCUUUAGGUCUUUCCUAGACCAAACAUAAAACUGAA